GUAUAUUAGCAAAACACGAAGAACACGAAGAGAAGUCCGCCACACGUUCCCCCCCGCCUCCCUUUCUCCGCUCCCCCUUCCUCAGACGCCUCAGAUUCCAUCCGCCCGCCGCUGCGUCGGGCGGAGUUCCGAGCCCGAUCCGAUCAUCCCCCUCGGGGUCAUGGUUCUCUCUUCCAUCGCCGCCGACGUCGACCGCCUCUUCUGCUGGUGUUGGUGGUGGUGUUGUUGUUGAGGGGGAUUGCGGGGAUAGGCCUGCGAAAUUGGGGUCGAUUGGGCGGAGGGGAUUUUUUAUUUUUUGGAAGGGAAUGGAUCUCUCGCGGCCGGAAUCGUCGGACCUCUCGCUGGGUCUCCACUCGCUCGCCCACGCCCGCGGGCACGCGGUCGCCGGGCCGCUGCGGCUGUUUGAUGACUUGGAGGAUGCGAAGCCGGAGGGGAGCGUCGGGGGCGGAGGAGGAGGAGGAGGAGGAGGAGGAGACGAGGAGGAUGGGGAGGAGGGUGGCGACCAGCACUUCUCCCUCCUCGGCCACGCGCUCUGCGUCAAGCGCCCGCGCCGCGCGCUCUACGGCGGCGGAGGUGGGGGUGGGGGUGGAGGAGAGGCGUCCUCCUGCUCCUCUUCCUCCUCGUCGCUGCACCCGGCGAAGCGGCAGGCGACGGCGGAGCGCGGCGCGGAUCUGGAGGCCCGACGCGGCGCCGUCCGCGCGUGGGGCAACCAGACGCUGGCGGAGGCCGACCCGGACGUGCACGCGCUGAUGGAGCUCGAGCGGGAGCGCCAGGUGCGGGGGAUCGAGCUGAUCGCGUCGGAGAACUUCGUCUGCCGCGCGGUGCUCGAGGCUCUGGGCAGCCACCUCACCAACAAGUACUCGGAGGGGCAUCCCGGAGCUCGCUACUAUGGAGGGAACCAGCACAUCGACGGCAUCGAGCGCCUCUGCCACGAGCGCGCCCUCGUUGCCUUCGGUCUCGACCCCGCCUGCUGGGGCGUCAACGUCCAGCCCUACUCCUGCACCUCUGCAAAUCUAGCUGUUUACACAGGUCUCCUCCUCCCUAAAGACCGUAUCAUGGGGCUUGAGCCGCCUUCUGGUGGCCAUGUCAGCCAUGGGUACUACACACCGAGUGGUAAGAAGGUGUCUGGAGCUUCUAUAUUCUUCGAGAGCUUAUCAUACAAGGUGAAUCCACAGACUGGAUAUAUCGAUUAUGACAAGCUCGAGGAACGGGCAAUGGAAUUUCACCCCAAGAUUCUCAUAUGUGGUGGGAGCUCAUACCCCAGGGAGUGGGACUUUGCACGGAUGAGGCUCAUUGCUGACAAGUGCGGUGCAGUGCUCAUGUGCGACAUGGCACAUAUCAGCGGGCUUGUUGCAGCAAAGGAAUGUCGUAGUCCCUUUGAUUACUGUGAUGUGGUUACAUCAACUACACACAAGAAUCUAAGAGGUCCUAGAGGUGGUAUAAUAUUUUUCAGGAGAGGGAAAAAAUUAAGGAGGCGGACUGGAUCUUUUUCUCAAGGGGAUGGAAAUGAUUAUGACUUUGAGGACAGGAUAAAUUUUGCCGUUUUCCCUUCAAUGCAAGGUGGACCUCACAACAACCACAUUGCUGCCUUGGCAAUAACGCUGAAGCAAGUUUCCACACCUGAAUAUAAAGCAUACAUUAUACAAGUCAAGAAAAACGCCCAAGCUUUGGCAUCAGCAUUACUCAGAAGAAAAUGCAGAUUAGUUACUGGUGGCACUGAUAACCACUUGGUACUUUGGGACCUCAGAACAUUUGGCUUGACUGGGAAGAACUUUGAGAAGGUCUGUGAGGCAUGCCACAUAUCCAUCAAUAAGACACCAAUAUAUGGCGAUAAUGGCUCAAUAUCUCCUGGGGGAGUUCGGAUUGGAACACCUGCAAUGACUACUAGAGGUUGCUUGGAAGAUGACUUUGAGUUGAUCGCAGAUUUCCUCAUCAGAGCCACACAAAUAGCUAGUAAUCUUCUGAAAGAACAUGGGAAAAAACAGAACGAUUUUCUGAGGGGCCUACAGAACAAUAAAGAUAUUGUAGAACUGCGAAAUCAGGUUGAGAAUUUUGCAUUGCAGUUUGCAAUGCCAGGUUUUGAUGUAUGAGCGUUCAUGUAUAUGUACAUAUCUUGGUGGGGUUAUCCGGAAUCAUCAGGAAUUAGCAACCGUUUCACACUUGGCUGAAUUGUUUCUUUCAACUGGUGCAGAAUAGAAAGAGGUUUCUUUUUCUUUGUUGGGAAUUGGUCUUGACUAAAGCUGUACAUGCUUACUUCUAAGUUGCGAUUUACUAUGUAUGUAUCGAACACUCGUAUAAUGGUUUUUAUAGGAGACAAUUUUCCUCCA